UCUGGUCCUUGGCAGAAUAGCGCUUGGUCCAGGUCACAGUACACUCGAGUAGAUGUUUUUCAAGGUACUUCGAAAGGAUGGGUCACUGGCGAAUCGGUUGACCCCCACCCGAGGAUCCCAUCCUCUGCAUCUCUGCCGUCUGCGCGAGUCGGCCAUGGCCCAGAACCUGUCCUAUUUUUCCACCAGAUCCCUCUUGAUAUCUGUCAUGCUUGAUAAGUAUUCGUCGCGGAGCUGUCCCGGGAUGAUGUACCAGCACCUUGCGCUUCCCCGUCUUUCGCAGCCGUGCAAUCACACCGACGAUGAUGUGCAUGGCUGACGUUUUGAAAGUUCUGGCUGCUUCCGAUAUCGUAGAUGUUCAGUCUGGCCCUCCUGAUUCAUCGUUUGGGAGGAGCUGUGGUUAGUCUAAACCUUGAGCGCAAAACGAGAGGAUGCUUUAUCUCGACAAGUCUCCACCGCAAUCUCUUUUUCAUUUGAACGCAUAUGACUGACUAUACUGAAUUUUCAGAGGCUCACUCCAGUGCGCGCGCAUUGAAUGAUAUUUCCUUACGUCUCCCAAUUCCGAUGACACAAGAUGGAAUAUAAAUGCUGG